AUGUCCGGCGAAAACCAAGAGGACCCCCCCACCCCAUCGCCCAUCUAUGAUACACCAAAUGGGAGGGCCCGAGGUGACUUGACCGCGACUGCUGCAUCACGUAGGGCUACUGGCGUUGCGGAUUUCAUGGGAGCCAAAACAAGAAAGACAUUACCGGCAAGCGCCGUAGAAACAACAGGGAGGGGUCAUGUGGGCCAUGUGGCAAAUCUGUUGCAGCACGGAGCUUCAGAUCCUUCAUGUCAUUCGGAGGCUGUCGAAAAUAAGUUGGCUUCCGCAGAGAAAGCCAGUCAUCAGCGUAGCACUGCACCGGCGGCGCCUGCAGUAGUGGCGGAGUCAAGGGCGAAUGAUUCGGCGACAACGUGCUCUCUAAAGAUGAACAGCGGAAGGAUCAGCGGUAGCAGCAGUGAAAGUGUCGACAGUGGGAAGCUUCUCAGCUACGGCAUCCCAUCUGGUGCCGAUUCGAUGAAGGCACUUCGUCGCCACGUCGAGCUGCUAAUAGACCGAGAGUUGAACACCAAAACUCGCAGCCGAUUGGAGACAUGCCUGGAUGCUCUGGAUCCGGAGCGACUUGAUCCUCACUUGAUGCGCGUUGUCUGCGCAAAGGGGCUUCCGGACGGUUGUGCGGCCCUGCGGUCUGUCUACUGGCGUAUUCUUCUACAUUGUCUUCCCCUCCAGCUCUCGGAAUGGCAGGAACGUCGCCGUAGACUCCGCGAGGCCUAUGAAUCAUACAAAGCAGAAUUCAUUCGAGAACCCGAGGCAGUGCGCCGCUUACGACAAUUGCAGCAGCACCAGCAGGGGGAAGGUGCUUCAUGCACCCUCGGAGAUAGAUGCACGCUCCUGACGACUUCACCUUCAGCAGAGAGCAGCUUGGCAUCAAACAGGGAAGACUUCAACUUUGGCACCCCCCACAGUGGCUGCUCUCAGCUGUCCCCGUCGAUCUCACUCGCGGUUGUCAAAGAUCACCCUCUGUGUCGUAGCGCGACAAGCGAAUGGCGGGGUUACUGGGUUGAUGCUGAAGUGUUUGACCAAAUAAACAAAGAUGUCUUCAGGACACGUCCUGAGCUUUGCUUCUUUGCCAUGAAUCCAGAGCAAACAGUGACUAGGCAGCAACAGCUACAUCUUUAUCCCCCACCGCCUACCAGACAGGCACAGUCCCACAUGCAACGAAUAGAUGAUGUACCUCUUCUCGUUGACUACGACCUUCUGGUGCAGCAGCAGCGACGGCAACAUGAUCAGCAACAGAAAGACAGCGGGGCCCCCGUUGACGUAGCCAUGCCCUGCAAAAUCAAAGCGAGCACCCGCAAAUUCAGCAGCAUCAGUAGCGCCAGUGGCACAUGCAGCAAUAGCAACAGCAGCAGUAGCAAUGAGCCAGACAAUCCCUUGAAGGUUUCAUCGUCCUCCUCGAGAGGCUUCCGACUGCCAUACGCCUUUCGUUACAAAAAGGCAGUCGCCGCAGGAGCAGCAACAAUAAGCAUAUUGAGUGAUGAUGGGUGCAACAGUCGUAGUGAAAUUAAAGGGGAGUCUAUUCGCAACAGCGCUGGUGGGCGCAGUUGCAGUAGCAGAUCGUCAUCAGGAGGAGGAGCGACACCAGGAUCGGGUGAGCUGCAACACAUUACUGAAAGAGUGGAUAAGGAGGUGGGAGCUUCAAGCCCUAUAGAGGCGCUUUUGUCUCGCGGCUCUGCUGAUGUGCAGAGCUGCAGUGUCUCAGUCCACAGCCGAGAGUCUUUGGAUGCAGCUGACGCUCUGGAAGCCUCAGCAGUUGCGGCCAGAGCUGCUCGUAUACUUAAGAGGCAAAUGAGCACCACAAAGAGGGGAACAGAGAAAAGUGCGUGCAGUUCAAAUCUUGACCGAAGCUUUUGUCCCAAUAACUCUCUAUUGUCGAACUCAGCUUUGUCACAGAGGCAAGUAGCGAGUGUUUCUCCAUCUUUGCCCCCCUUAAAGGAAGCUAAGGAGGGGCACGCGCAAGGCAAUUGUCCCGCUAGGGGUGAUGCAAGUUCGGGUGCAACAGUGGCCGUAGUGAAGGAGCACCAGAAGGUCGGCACAGUUCCUGUUUCUAUGGAGGACGGUUGUGCCGCUGGCGUUUUGUUGUCGACGUUAGAGCGUGGGGCCGCAGCAACGGAUUUGGCUGCUGAAGAAGGAAAAAAUGCAGCACAGCAGCCGUGGCGUGCACCCGCUGGAGUGCAAGACGUCUGCAAUAUGGUAGCUCCUCGCCGUCACUACGACGUGUUGUCGCGCCUGCUUUUUAUCUACGCAAAGGUCAAUCCAGGCCUUUGCUAUGUUCAGGGCAUGAAUGAAAUCCUAGCCCCCAUCUACUAUGCACUCAUGACAGACCCAACGUACACAGACUACGAACAGGCAGAGGCAGAAGUCUUUUACUGUUUCAGCGAAGUUAUGCAGCAGCAACGUGAUGCCUUCUGUAAGGCUCUCGACCCUACGGAGGCCGGUGUGCAGGGCCGUCUUUCACGUCUGGACACUCUCCUUAGGCAAAAGGAUGAGGAAGUCUGGAUGCAUCUCAACGCAGUUGGCGUAGAGCCGCAAUUCUACGCCUUGCGGUGGCUCCUGCUGAUGCUAACUCAGGAGUUCGAGAUGCCGGACGUUCUGGCUCUUUGGGACGGUUUUAUUGCGGACACUGGACGUCCGUUACCCCUACUUUAUUAUGUUUGUGUCGCUAUAAUAAUAUGGCUGAGGCCUGCCCUCUUGGCUGGGGACUUCACUGCGUGCAUGAAGCUGCUCCAGCAUCUGCCAUCUUUUGACCCGAAGGCUCUCAUAAGCUCUGCGAUGAGACUGCGGGCUGACGAUCUCCUUAAAAGUGGACUCCAAGAGUGCCGCGUCUCCCUCCCUGUUGGUCGGGGUGGGUGGCGUGCUGGGGACACUCCGCACGAGUUGGACCCUGUGCAGCAUAUAUCGGAUUCUUUGAUAUUCAAACAGUUCUCACGGGCCAUUGCAGCUCUGAGUCUUAGUGACGGCCUUGGCUUGGUGCCUGGAGACGCAGCUCGACCUGCUAGUUUGGGAGAGGGCGAGAUCAGCAGUCCCUCCAGGCCAGAGACACAAAAGAGUGAAGGGGAUUCGUCCAGAGAUUUUGCUGAGGGGCCCGACGCUGCGCUGGGACGCCUCAAAAGGCUAGCUGGCGUUGGUGUUGAGCACGCUUACAGGGGUGCAAGCGUGGUUUCGCAGUAUUUAACUAGUUCUGGGCUCUCAACAGGUCUAGCGUCGAACGUUACUUCCCUCUUUGCUUCCGACAGCAACGCUUGCAGUCCGGUGACUCCACCGGAGCCAAGCGAAGCUCCAACUGCGGAGCGACCCAGACAGUCAGCAGUGUCGAAGCUAGGAGAGUUCUUUGCAGCAGCAGCUGGGCCGUCUCCACCGGGAAUUGUGUCUGGGGACCCUGCAGAUCGCAGUCAAAAUUGCAGAGCCACUGUAGCGCCCGUUGUGGAGGAACAGAAGGGAAGCCCGCCGCCGCUUAUAGAAUGCCCAGACUCUUUUGCGACGCCGUUUGUUGGCAGUAGAAGCCAAUCGUUCACAGUCACGGGAUGCGACGUGGCGGUAGGCGAGUCUCCAAGGCAGCGCAGCUUGUGGGAGGAUGAGGCAUCGACGCCAUCGGGGCAACGGCUGACGGACUCUGAUAAGCUUGAAACACCUAGACAUAGCCCAGGAAGACAACCUUUCAAGUCGCCCUCGGGCGAUGGGCUCCAGAUUACCAUAUUAUGA